ACCAGCGUGCUAUCCCCACGGGAGCAAGAGCCCAGACCUCCUCCGUACCGACAGCCACACGCUACCCUCCAACCGCCGCCAUGGUGCACUGGACUGCUGAGGAGAAGCAGCUCAUCACCGGCCUCUGGGGCAAGGUCAAUGUGGCCGAAUGUGGGGCUGAAGCCCUGGCCAGGCUGCUGAUCGUCUACCCCUGGACCCAGAGGUUCUUUGCGUCCUUUGGGAACCUCUCCAGCCCCACUGCCAUCCUUGGCAACCCCAUGGUCCGCGCCCAUGGCAAGAAAGUGCUCACCUCCUUUGGGGAUGCUGUGAAGAACCUGGACAACAUCAAGAACACCUUCUCCCAACUGUCCGAACUGCAUUGUGACAAGCUGCAUGUGGACCCCGAGAACUUCAGGCUCCUGGGUGACAUCCUCAUCAUUGUCCUGGCCGCCCACUUCAGCAAGGACUUCACUCCUGAAUGCCAGGCUGCCUGGCAGAAGCUGGUCCGCGUGGUGGCCCAUGCCCUGGCUCGCAAGUACCACUAAGCACCAGCACCAAAGAUCACGGAGCACCUACAACCAUUGCAUGCACCUGCAGAAAUGCUCCGGAGCUGACAGCUUGUGACAAAUAAAGUUCAUUCAGUGACACUCA